AUGCCGGCCCACGGCGAGUACGCGCUCCAUGAAUUCCUCAGCCGGCUAGCUGCUGUCGAGGAGAAAUUUGCCGAAGAAUUGAAAUCUGUAAUCGAGUGCUUCAUCGAGUCAAGUGUUUAUGCAGUUGAUACGGACAAUGCGAUGCGCGAGGUCCGGAAAUCCCUCAGAAAAAUUAUUGUCAAGGCGGAGAAGCAGCAGGAGAAGGAGAAAGCUAAAGAUUUUCAGCUGACCGUCAAUGGGAGCCAGUACAUUCCUUCGCGACGGCUAGGGGAUGAGUACCGCCCGCAGAGCUUCUUGAGCUCGCUGACAAAACGGAAACCCAAGCCAACUCCCUCCGAAAGAAUCCAGUUGCCAACACGAGCCCCAUCUCCUCAUUCUCAUCAAAUUCAAGUAGGGGAUACGAAUCUGGCGCUUCCGGAGCACGAGAUUUACGAUAAGCAUCGGCCGAGUUUGGAGGAGGCACAGAGGGCCCGGUCAACCUGGAGAAAAUCGUUAGAAGAAGAGACCCAAGAAUCCACCGCCAAAAACCAGCAACACCCCUUCGUCCCAUCCUCCCCAAUUGACCAAAGACCCCCGCAACCGGCCGUUCGUUCUCGUAGCCACCCGGGACAGCCUAAUAAAUUGGACCCAACCAUCACUCUUCCACCAUCAUUCGACCAUCAGAAAGUACCAUACCUUCCGCAACCCGACUACGAUGGGCACCAGAUUCCGCCUGAGCCCGAAAUGAUCAAGGAUCGAAAUGGGUCGACCCGACUCCGUGAUGCUGGCCAUACGCCCAGGCCGAUUGUUAGGAGACGAUCAUCUUCAAAAGUGGAUCAGGAAGUUGUUGCUCGACCUUUGAGUGAUGUGGAGAAGCCGAAAACGAAGCCACCACUUGCCCAGCAGCUCACAGACAGCACCGGUCAAGUCGAGGGU